AGGUUUGGGAGUUAGGUGGCCUUGGUACCCUUAGAGCUCUAAAACUCUGACAUCGUUCUUCUCCCACAUUUUCCUUCCCUUUCCAUCCUCUCCUUUUGACCCUCUUGUAUAUUUUGGACCUUCUUUUCCUUGCCUUUCCUCUAUUUCUGACCUCUUGGUACGAGUAUAACUUGCACCUUACUUGGCUCUUGCAACGACUAGCAAACUUUACAUUCCAUUGUAGCACCAAAACAUGCCAAGCCCAGUCCUGAAAGCUGGGAGCAGACCACCAUGGGUGGGUUUGGGAGCAGCUGUUUGGGUCCAAAUUGCUGCUGGCAAUGCCUACAACUUCCCACUGUAUUCUCCUUUGCUGAAAUCCGUGCUGGGUUACAAUCAGAUGCAGCUGACCAUUCUUGGAGUGGCCAAUGAUAUCGGGGAGAGUGUGGCUUUGCUUCCUGGGAUUGCAUGCAACAAGUUCCCUCCUUGGGCCGUGCUUCUGGUUGGUUGUGUGCUUUGCUUCUUCGGCUAUGGAGUUCUCUGGCUUGCUGUUAGUGAAACUGUUUCCAGCAUGCCUUAUAUUUUGUUAUUUAUCACAAUUCUCAUUGCCACGAAUAGCAAUGCUUGGUUUGGCACAGCUGUGCUUGUUACAAACAUGAGGAACUUCCCUCUCAGUAGAGGCACUGUUGCUGGCAUUCUGAAGGGCUAUAUUGGGAUCAGUGCAGCCGUUUAUACAGUGGUAUACAGUUUGGUGCUGAAAGAGUCUGCUUUAAAUCUAUUGAUGUUUCUUGCUCUUGGGCUUCCUGUUUUGUGUUUGGCCUUGAUGUACUUUGUUCGGCCGUGUACUCCAGCUUCUGGAGAAGAGUCUUCAGAGCAUGGCCAUUUUCUCUUCACACAAGUUUUCAGUGUUGUGCUUGCAAUCUAUCUUCUCAUAAUCACAGUAGUAAACCAGAUGAUAUCCCUUAGUCAUGCAGUUGCUUAUAUUUUGAUUGCUAUUGUGGUUCUCCUUCUGCUGUCCCCCCUCGCAAUUCCUCUCAAAAUGACAUUAUUUCCUGUAAGGGCCCGAAUUGAUUCUUCAGACCAACUUGCUCCACCAGAAGGUGAUGCAACUCAAACAGAUCCUCUUCUGACACCAUCCCCAUCAGGUACUAAUCUUGUAAGAUUUCAUGAGGCUGAUGAUUUUUCAGAUCUGGAAACACUUCUUGCUAUUGGGGAAGGGGCAGUGAAGGAGAAAAGGAGACCUAAGAGGGGAGAGGAUUUUAACUUCCAAGAAGCUUUUAUAAAGGCUGAUUUCUGGCUUCUUUGGUUUGUAUAUUUUCUGGGGGUUGGUUCAGGAGUGACAGUGCUCAACAAUUUAAGCCAGAUUGGGGUUGCAUUAGGCAGUGAUGAUACGACAAUAUUGUUGUCUCUCUUCAGCUUUUGCAAUUUUGGGGGUCGUUUGGGUUCAGGUGUUGUUUCUGAACACUUUGUCAAGAAAAAUACACUUCCUCGUACGUUUUGGAUGACAUGUGCACAUAUAUUGAUGAUCCUAUCAUUCAUUUUGUACGCAUCAGAUCUCAGUGGUACUCUAUAUGUUGCAACUACUCUGCUUGGUAUCUGCUAUGGUGUUCAGUAUUCUAUGAUGGUUCCAACUGUCUCCGAACUUUUUGGAUUGAAACAUUUUGGUAUAAAUUACGGCUUCAUGUUAAUAGGAAAUCCUAUUGGUGCAGUUCUUUUCUCAGUUCUUCUUGCUGGUAAUUUAUAUGAUGCUGAAGCAGCUAAACAAGGAACCUCCACCUGCGUAGGUGCAGACUGUUUCAGGAUCACAUUUCUAGUUUUAGCCGGUGUCUGUGGGUUAGGCACCGUCUUGAGCAUAAUUUUGACAGUUAGAGUACGUCCUGUUUACCAAAUGCUUUAUGCAGGGGGUUCUUUCCGUUUGCCUUCAAGUGCAAUCCACUGAUGAUUGAUGUUAUCAUGUGAUGACAUCAAGCCGUUCAGGUUUUAUGGAGCCAAGUCCCGCUGUAGUCAUUCAGAUAACUAGGGAACAUAUCUGCAGCUCAUAUCAGCUGCAUUUAGCUUUAUGCUAUAAGUCACUCCCAAGCAGGCCAGCAGCAU